AGUUGCUCUCGUCUCAUAAAUAUAAGUGUAGUACCCCCCUAUUCUACGCCUAAACCACAACGUUUUAAAGACAAAAAAUCCCGUACGCCAACUAACCAGGCGCGCACCCCUAAUUCGUCAUUCUUCUUAUUUGUGCGGUUUAAACCACACGUGUUUUGUGUUCUUCUGCGUGUUGUGUUUCUCUUGUGUUUUAAUGGGGAAACGACGAGAAAGAAGUCCUGAUAGCAGGAUGGAAAGAAAACGGAGGAGACUGUUGCGGAAACUUGAAAAGUUGGAUCGUGUCUCGACCCAAAGGAAACGAGAUAGCGUGGAUUCCCUUACCAUCAGCGAUACGGCUGAUACAAGUUCAGACCGCGGGAAUACUCCCGAAUUGGACACGGUCAAUUACGGAAAUAUACAUUUCCGUGCGGACGAUAUUCAUGAGGAUGCUGCCGCUGCCUUCCCGGAGCAGGAGCCGUCUGAAGAAGAGGAAAAUGAAAGUAAUACUACUGUCCAGGACAUGCCCCUAUCAAAGGACAUCCUGAAAAUUAUCGGCGUUACGGAGAAGCAAAAUCAGACCGAUUCUUUUAUUAGAAAAGAGCUGGUUGCGAGUUGGCUGGAUAUCGUAAAACGGAGAUUGAGUGAAGACGUUCGGACGGAAUGUGUGCUCCGUUACCCUCCUCCGACCAACUGCAAAUUUUUAGAAGCCCCAAAAUUAAAUGUGGAAGUGGCGGCAGCUACUAACGUAGCGUCAGUGAACCGAGACAACCGUCUGCUUGGUUUUCAGAAACAAUUGGGUUGCAGCAUUUCUGCAAUCGGAAGGGCGCUGUCCUUGCUUUUGGAGCAGGAUGGGAACACCAACCUACAGCUGGUGCGAUCCCUCAGCGAUGCAGGGAAACUAUUGGUCGACCUUUUUUCAUCAUACUCUUCCACCAGAAAAGAGUUACUUGCCCUAGGACUCAGUAAAGAGUUUAAGGAUACACUACAUAAUGCCGAGGUGGAUGACUGGUUGUUCGGAAUCAAUCUGGACGAGAGAUUGAGGGCAUCCAAGAAUUUGGAGAAGGUUAGCCAAGAAUUGAGACCUGCCAAACCGAAGGCGCCAGUUGCGUAUCGGGAAGCAAAAAACUCCAGAGGUCGGUCCCUGUUCCCUCGAGUUCGGCGGGACCGUCAACCUUUCCACCAACGGACUCGGCCCUUUUACAGUGCUCGACCAAAAUCCCUUCUGGAGGGGAGAAACCUAGCAAGAAUGCAACUUCAACAGACGAGGCAACAGAGGAGACCUGUAACAAAGCGCCCGUGGCAGCAUUAGCUGUAAGUCGUUCAGCUGGAAGAUUAAAGAAAUUUUACUCUUCUUGGCUUAGUAUUACUAGGAAUGGUACUGUUUUGUCAUGGAUUAAGGGAAUAAAGAUUCCCUUCUUAAAGUAUCCACAACAAUUUUUUGUAAAACGGGAACCUAGUUGGUCACAGACAGAGGUUAUUAACCUACAAAGAGCCUUAGCUGACCUUUUAAAAUUGGGGGCUAUUAGUCGAGUGACAAGUUGUUCUGGGCAAUUUAUCUCAAAUAUUUUUUUAGUCCCGAAACCAGACGGUAGCUUACGUUUAAUAUUGAAUUUAAAAGAGCUUAAUGACUUUAUUGCUUAUAAUCAUUUUAAACUGGAAGAUAUCAAGACUGCCCGGACAUUAGUUAGCAAAAAUUGUUUUCUAGCUAAAUUAGAUUUGAAGAAUGCCUAUUUCCUCUUGUCAAUUGAUAGAGGUCAUAGAAAAUUUUUGAGAUUUUCAUUUAACGGAGACUUAUUUGAGUUUAAUUGUUUACCAUUUGGUUUAAGUUGUGCUCCAUAUAUUUUUACUAAGAUUAUGAAGCCAGUUGUUUCCCACCUUAGAACUGCUGGACUUUUAUCAGUGGUUUAUCUGGACGACUUCUUACUUUUAGGAGAUUCCUAUAGGAAUUGUUUGCAUAACGUUACUCAGACCACUACCCUUUUGGAGUCUUUGGGAUUUAUUAUAAAUAAAGAAAAGAGUUGCAUGGCUCCUCAACAGGUUUGUGAAUUUUUGGGAUUUACUAUUAAUACUGUAGAAAUGUCUAUUAAAAUUCCGGAUAAAAAAGUUGAGAAACUGUUUAAGAUGGUAAAUAAUUUCUCUAUUUUAAACUUUUGCAAGAUACGUGAGUUUGCUACAUUGGUAGGAAAGUUGGUCUCCAUAAACCCGGCCAUGAAGUUUGGUUGGCUUCACACUAGGAAUUUUGAAAGAGUAAAACUGUUAGCUUUAAAUUCUCAUGGAGAAAAUUAUGACGCAACCAUGCAAAUUCCCUCUAGUCUAAAGGAUGACUUUGAGUGGUGGCGAAAAAAUUUAUCAAAUUCAGGAAACAGUUUAGAGAAAUUACAAUUUGACUUGGAGAUUUUUUCAGAUGCUUCAAAUACAGGUUGGGGAGUAUGUUGCAAGGGAUUGAGAACACAUGGCCAUUGGUCAGCCUCAGAGCAAUCUUACCACAUAAACCUUCUUGAAUUACAGGCUGCUUUCUUUGGCCUAAAAUGCUUUGCAAGUAAUAUUAAAAACAAGAAUAUUGUGUGUCGCAUAGACAAUACCACAGCAAUUGCUUGUAUUAAUAAGAUGGGCAGUGUUCAAUUUCCAAAACUGAAUAGUUUAACUAGGGAGAUUUGGCAUUGGUGCGAGAAUAGAAAUAUCUUUAUUUUUGCAUCUUAUAUAAGAUCUGUUGAAAACGUAGAUGCCGAUCGAGAAUCGCGCAGAGCGCUAUCGAUAGAAACUGAAUGGGAGCUGUCUACCUUUGCAUUUGGAAAAAUCUGUCACACGUUUGGUUACCCGGUAAUUGAUCUAUUUGCGUCUAGAUUAAACAAAAAAUGCGAUAAGUUUAUAUCUUGGUUUAGAGAUCCAGAAGCCAGCGAAGUAAAUGCAUUCACUGUAAGCUGGGCAAACCUUUGGUUCUAUGCCUUUCCUCCUUUCACCUUAAUUUUAAAAGUGCUGAAUAAAAUUAAUGCUGAUAAGGCUAAGGGUAUUGUAGUGGUGCCUCUUUGGCCAGCUCAACCAUGGUUUCCGUUAUUUAAGUCUAUGUUAGACAGCCCCCUAAUAAUAUUUGAACCUAACAGAAGGCUUCUCUCUUUUGAUAGGCGACCACACCCGCUUUGGAGACGGAUUUCCCUGGCGGUAGGAAUCUUAUCAGGGAAGCCUUAAAGCGCAAAGAUGUUCCCAUGGCAGCGGUGGAUAUUUGUGUGAAAUCUAUUUCGGAAAGCACACUAAAACAAUACGAUAGUGGCUUGAAACGUUGGUGGAUUUUUUGUUUAAAGAACGGACUAGAUGUUUUUAAUAGUUCUGCCAGACAGGUUCUAGAGUAUCUUACAUGCGAGUUUGAUAGAGGAGCCUCUUUUGGAACUCUCAACUCUUAUCGGGCUGCCCUGGGGCACAUUUUAAAUUUUAACUUAAGUGAAAGCGGACCUAUUAAGAGAUUUUUUAAGGGAGUUAGUAAUGUUAGACCUCAUUUACCAAAAUACAGUCAUAUCUGGGACCCAGCUAUAGUUUUAGAUUUUCUAUCCGGAUGGAAUAAUGAGGAAAUAUCGUUAGAUUUGUUAACUAAGAAAGUAGCGGUGUUAUUGGCAUUAGCAACUGGGCAUAGAGUUCAAACGCUUUCUAACAUUCUAGUUGAGGACAUAACGAUUUUAGAAGAGAAGAUUGAAAUUAAGAUUCCCUUAAGGAUUAAGACCUCUGCCAAAAAUCGUUAUCAACCUGUGUUGCGUAUUCCGUUCUUUAAGGAAAGGCUACCGAUUUGUGUAGCAUCUGCCAUUUUAACAUAUUUGGAUAAGACUAGUGUCGUUAGGGCCUCUUCUGGGCAAAGACUUUUUAUAGCCCACAAGAAGCCUUUUCACAAUGUCUCGAGCCAGACAAUAAGCAGGUGGAUUAAAGAUGUUUUAAAAUCUAGCGGGAUUGAUACUAAUUUGUUUACUGCACACAGUACUCGGCAUGCUUCAACAUCAGCAGCAGCAGGAAGAGGUGUUAGUAUCGAUACCAUAAGAACCACUGCUGGUUGGUCGGCAAAGUCAGAGACCUUUGCUCGAUUUUAUCAAAGGCCUUUUGACAAAUUACAGGACUUUGCUAGUGCAGUCCUAUCUAGUUAAUAGCGAAGCAUCGAAUGUUUAUUGUUUAUACUAUUCAGUUUACUUUUUCUGUGGAAUGCUCGGUUAUGAUUUAAGUGCUUAUAGUAGCCUAGGUUUGGAUGAAGUUAUUAUACUUUGAUUAGAUGUU